AGUCGCGUCAGGCGUUUCUCUGAGGUCACCUCUCAACCCGCAACGUGUCACCCCGCUCGUGUGACACCUGUCAAUAGACGUCCUCGCGACCGGGCCGCAACCGCUCCAACCGGGGGCAACGUGUUACUCAGAAAACGAUGGAGCGCGAGGUUCCACAACGGCAACGGCGCGGUGCGGCGUUAAUUUGACCCCGGAUAGACGAGUCACAGCAGCUGUGUGUGUGUGUGUGUGUGUUUGUGUGUGUGUUUAUCAGUCAGCGCGCCGCCAACCGUGCGGCUCUCCGCGUCCCAUCGACCUCAGCUCUCCCCUUGCUGGUUUCAAACCAGUCCGUUCGCGGUGGUCCCGGGGCACGGCACGGCGCGGCGCGCACACGUCAGGAGACUUCCGAGGAGUUCCACGGUCACCGACAUGUGGACUCGCUGAAGACGACGUCCCUUCGUCGGCCCGGAUCCCGCUGGAGCGACCGAGAAGGCCAACACCAUGAACUACGUGGGCCAGCUGGCAGGCCAGGUGCUGGUAACCGUCAAAGAGCUGUACAAGGGCAUCAAUCAGGCCACUCUGUCGGGCUGCAUUGAUGUUGUGGUGGUUCGCCAGAGAGACGGCACCUACCAGUGCUCGCCGUUCCACGUGCGCUUCGGUAAGCUGGGAGUGCUUCGCUCCAAAGAGAAAGUGAUCGACAUUGAAGUAAAUGGAGAGCCGGUAGAGCUGCACAUGAAGCUCGGUGACAAUGGAGAGGCCUUUUUCGUCCAGGAGGCGGAGCAGCUGAAUCAGAUUGUCCCUGCCCACCUGGCCACCUCCCCAAUCCCCACCGAGAGUCACCUGUUCUGGAUGUCAGAAGUUGAGCACCGGGCACUGAAAGAUCUGGGGGAUGACCCCGCUGACCAAGAGGACCCGCCGGAGCCUCCUGCUCCGAGCACCGCGGGCACUAAAAAGAAGAAGAAACGGAGGAGGAAGCACAAAGGGGACCCCCGGAGGGAGGAGCUGACCCCGCCAAUGUCUGUCACCACUGGGAACGCUAUUGCUGCUAACGCACCUGCUGCUACGACUGCUGCUACGACUGCUGCUAUGUCCAGCUCAGGGCAAAACGAAGAAAUCUUUGAGAUGGACAUGAGCUCUGAUGAGGAAGCUGCAGCACAUGUGUCCAGGUCGCCGUCCAUCACAACAAUGCGAGAUAUUGACCCCAAAUUACCCGCAGCAAGACACAACCCUGAUGGGUAUCCGAUGUCCGAUGGGGACUGGCCGUCAAAUGACAGUCACGGCUUGUCUCAGGCCUUUUCCCCAAAGAGUGACUCUGAGCUGAUGGUCAGGCCCUCAGAGAGUUUGCUCCGAGCGGAGUCCCACAUGCAGUGGACCUGGGGGGAGUUUCCAGAAACAACCAGGAUCACCAAAAAAGACAGACCAGAGCUUCUAAAGACCGUGACCAUCACCCCGUCGGAGAGCACACACUUCCGCGUAAUCCUCAGCUCCGAGGCCAUGGAGAACGAGACUGAGCUGGAAAGGGGAAGUGGCGCCGCCUCCUCAUUUAGUACCAUUGUCAAGCCUGAGCCACGCACCCCUGUGGCCCCUGUAACUGCACUGAUGCCGCUCCCUUCGGUCGGUGCCAUAGCCUCAGGGAGUCCUCUGACGUCCACAGAGUCCCUGGAUGUGCUGCCACCAAAUGUGGCAACCUCCACCCCGUCCGGCGGCCAACCGUGCGAUUCACCCUCCAAGAAGAAAGGUGUCCCAAAGCGGAGCCAGCAUCAGGGUCCUGAGGACAUCUACCUGGAUGACCUGAAUGUACUCGAGCCUGAUGUCGCCGCCAGAUAUUUUCCGAAGAGUGAGUUUGAGGCGGCGACGAAGCACUGGAUGGACUCUGAGAUGCACUCCGGUUCACAGUCGCCGCAGUCGGUGGGCAGUGCAGCAGCUGACAGCGGGACCGAGUGUCUUUCUGACUCAGCUGGUGACCUCCCCGACGUCACUCUCUCGCUGUGCGGAGGCCUCACUGAAAAUGCUGAAAUAUCCAAAGAAAGGUUCAUGGAACAUAUCAUCACCUAUCUCGAAUUUGCAGAAAAUCCAGCGAUUAUAGAUAACCCUAACCUCGUAGUAAAGAUGGGAAAUAGAUAUUAUAAUUGGACACUCGCUGCACCCUUGAUUUUAAGUCUCCAAGCAUUUCAGAAGAACUUACCCAAGGCUACAGAGGAGGCCUGGGUGAAGGAGAAAAUGCCAAAGAAGUCGGGCCGCUGGUGGUUCUGGCGAAAAAGGGCAGAUAGUACAAUCAAGCAGUCAGAGACCAAGCUUGAAACCAAGGAGGAGUGUCAACUGGAUGAGGAAGGACCCUCCAUGACUCAGGAGAAACUCCCCAUGCCGCUUAAGGCGGGAGACUCGUCCAGUGAUGAAGAGGCCAAGGAAGUGAGCGCUGCAUCUUGUCAGGAGAGACUGCAGCCGGUCGAUGGCCAGCACCACCCGAGCCAACACGCCUACAGGAAGUCCCUCCGCCUCUCCUCUGAUCAGAUUGCCAGUCUGAAACUGAAAGAAGGACCCAACGAUGUGACGUUUAGCAUCACCACCCAAUACCAGGGCACCUGCCGCUGCGAGGGCACAAUCUACCUGUGGAACUGGGACGACCGAGUCAUUAUCUCCGACAUUGAUGGCACCAUCACCAAGUCUGAUGUAUUUGGUCAGAUCCUGCCACAGCUGGGGAAGGACUGGACCCACCAGGGCAUUGCCAAGCUCUACCACUCUGUAGCGGAGAACGGCUACAAGUUCCUGUACUGCUCAGCUCGCGCUAUUGGCAUGGCGGACAUGACGAGAGGUUACCUGCAGUGGGUCAAUGAUGGAGGCACCAUUCUACCCAGAGGACCUCUCAUGCUGUCUCCCAGCAGCCUCUUCUCUGCCUUCCACAGGGAGGUCAUUGAGAAGAAACCAGAGAUCUUCAAGAUUGAAUGCCUUACAGAUAUCAAGAACCUGUUCCAGCAUAACAAGCAGCCAUUCUACGCCGCCUUUGGGAAUAGAGCUAAUGAUGUGUUUGCCUAUAAGGAAGUGGGAGUUCCAGUGUGUCGGAUCUUCACAGUGAAUCCCAAGGGGGAGCUGAUCCAGGAGCAGACCAAGGGCAACAAGUCCUCGUACGGCAGGCUGAGUGAGCUGGUGGAGCACGUGUUCCCUCUGUUGAGCAAAGAGCAGAACGAGGCCUUUGUCCUGCCGGAGUUCAGCUCUUUCUGUUACUGGAGACAGCCCAUAGCAGACAUCAACCCCGAAGAGAUGCUCUGAUGCAGCACAUCUGGAUAGCCAGGUGCAUAUAGUACUCAAACAUGCUCACAUCGUAACUGGGUUUGGACCAUAUUUCCAGAACAGUAAAUCCAGAUGAAUAAUCCAAUGACUCGCUUAUCCCUGUGAGGCGAGCGGCUAAAUUAUCAUCUUCCCGCAUGCCUGUGAGGGCAUCCUAACCCAACGGGCACCAUGAAGUACAAGUCGAAAGAUCCGUGACUUAUCGUUUCUCUCUGUGACUUCCUCUGAACAGCUUGGUCGCCAUUCGCCAUCAGGGACGCGACCGAAGCCCCACGCGAGGCAUCCGCCCUUAGCACUGCGGUCCGAGCUGUGCAGCGGAUAUUUAUUUUUCUUCAACUUUCAAAGCUAUUAUUAAAAAAAAAAAAGAAAAGAAAAGACCCACAGGGUAGGCAUUCAACACCGGCCACGAGUCGUACACUGGCAAUAUUAAGCUGUGGCUGCGAUGUCUGCCUACGCGCAGUUAUCCAGUCUUCACUCUGUUCCAAAACAUUAAGGACCACGAACCCUUCUGAAAGCUACUGCAGGUGCUCUGUUUUUGUUCCUGACUCUCGACUGCGGAUUGACUGCCUGGUCGUUAGUGCACUGAUUCCAGAUCGCCAUCGAGCGCUCUCGCCGUCCGUACUGAAGGCGUCACGCUGGUGUUAAUAGUCAAGGUACCAGGGAUUGUCAACAAGUGUGUGUGUGUGUGAAGAUGCACCUUUACAUGAGACUUAAGAAAAUGAAGGCGCUUCGCUGUGUUUUUUGCCUCCAGAUGUGUUGUUUUAAAUUGAUUAUUCUGCUAUCGGAGCUUUGGCGAAUCAAGUGUUCAACGAUGCAGUCAUUAUUUAUGAUAAUUGGUAUGUUUAAGUUAUUGAUUUCUAUGCUGAUGCCUUUUGCUUGUCUGAAAAGUCCUUUAUCACCAUGUGGACAUACUUACCGGGUGGUAUUUUGUGUGGUUCGUCAUAAGUUAGCAUAAGCACCUAACCGUAACUAGGACUCGUAUGAGCUCUUAUUUUUCAGAUCUGUAUCCCGUUUUCACAACGAGCCGUAUUCCUUGUUUUACAGUGAAACUUUCAACGCGCGAGCUGCAUCCACAUUGCUCACAACGUUAGUAUUCAAAUGUGUGUAAAUGUAAACGGUAUCACUUGAGGUGGUGCUGUGAGCGAAUCUACUGUGAGGGGGCUUGAAAAUGAAACAUUAUUUUCCAUUAGCGAGGUCCUCUGCAGGAUGGCGUGUGUGCGUGUGAGAGAGAGAUAACCGCAUGCUGCUGGGGGUAUCAUAAAUUCGACCUUCGCUUGCUUAUGUUUCCACAGUUGCUUGACCAAGACUUUUCCAACGUACUUUGUCUGAGCUGCACCCAUAGGGGCAACUCUGAGCACCUCUCGCUCACAUGCACUUCACCGGAGGUCUUUGUAGACCAGAGUACGCAAUCAAUGCCGGGUGCAUUCUCGUGUUUAUGAUGUGAGUGACCUUCUGACACCACAACAUUGCAGCUAUUCUAAUGUCAAUAACAGCAAUUAUUAAGAGUGUGUGUGUGUGUGACCCAGUGUCUCUCAUUAGGAGGACCCCCCCCCUGGUUAUUGUUUGGAGAUGAACGGGACAUACUUGAAGCUUUCUGGAAGCUUUCUGCUGUCAUUCGGCACGCCGAGUCGCGGGAUGAGACUCCUGAUGUGCCGGCGCGCUGACACGGAUCACACCUCCCGCACAAGCGUAACCACGUCGUGAUAGUUUUUGCUAUUGAGGAUUAAACAUCCGAAAAGAGUCCAAAACCAUUAGAUACAAAGAGCACAAUUUACAUCCAGAUGGUCACUUUUAUCGUCAUUUCGCCAAAGGGUUUCCCGCUUCCCCUCUGUGGAUCAGCUGUUUUUGUGACGAUCCGAGAUGCGUGUUUUGCGUUGAUUUAAUUUGCUUGUUCUCGACAAAGUUUGGUGAAGUCAAAUCGAUUUAUAUGUUAUGAUUUAACAAAAUGAAUUCCAUUCUUUCUAUGAAAGUAAAGCAUCUCGUGUGGAAGAAUCACACUUCGCUUCACUUAUGAUCGCGCUGUGUGUGUGUGUGUGUGUGUGUGUAUGUGUUUGUCACUCGACUGCUGUGGAAAGCGAUCCACUGUGUGUGCUGAUCAUCACAUUCUUCUGUCUUUGAUGCCUUAUCUUUUUUUUUCUUUUCUUAUUCAGUGUAAUGAUCUUUUGUGUUUGUUUUUCGUUCUGUUUGGAGGUAAUGCUUGCUAUUUGAUUGCGUCUGACCAACAGAAAUACCUUCAGUUUAUGCCGUUUGAUUUGUAUAGAAAUGUGGUUUAAAGUAUGUUUAAAGAACAAAAUAAGUUGUAAGAGGAAAAGAAAAUACACACCUAAUGAAGCUAACAAAUAUUUGUAUUGAAUAAAGUUUCUAACUGAAUA